UUGAUUGAUUCAGUCCCACACGUUUGGCUUGUGUUUGUGUUUUUAAUUUUUAUUUAUCGUAUCAUCAGUGAUUUGUAGUACAUUGGAUCAACUUUAUUAAUGAAAUAUGGAUAUCUACAAUUAUUCAGUGAAAAGCAAUUUCCCUCAAAAGGCGUGAUCAAGGGUAAUUUGAUCAAAUAGAAUGCCGACACGAUGAAGCUUUUAUCAUUGAUAGUCACGAUUUCGAUAUUUAUCGGUGUCUCUGAGAUCUUUGCCCAAGGCGAUAAUUGUACAAGAAUAAACAACCGAGGCGACUAUAAGGUGUGCGUACGGCAAUUGUCCGAAUCAUUGGCGAAUAAGUUCAGUGAAAUAGUGAUCAAUGAGUUGGGCAGCGAGUACACUACUCAUUUUGAAAUACGCACAGUGCACAAAGACAGCCGCGUCCACUCCAGCGAUAAUGAUACUCUGUUCAAUAUUGCCGACAAACUGAGCUACAAACUAUCGUCAGCAGUGAACAUACUACGAGACAUGAAAAAUGGAAUCAAGACCAACAAUACUCCGUCCUUUACGCAUCCUUGCCCCUUCAACUCUAUCCGUAAGUCUGUAUUUAUCAAGAGUCCUAAUGUAUACAAUAGUGUUCCAAAUAUUGACGUCAAGUCAAAGAUGAUGGGUAGAUUCAAAGACCUAAAAGUUAAGAGACAAUACUUCCUCUCUCACAUGGAUUACGCCACUGAUAGAGAUUGUGCGAUAAUGCCUCACUCGAAUUUGAGGUAUUUGUACCAUAAGAUAGUGCACCCAGACCCAAAACUUGUGGUGUUCAUUAUUGACAACAAUAUAAAUGUAGAUUCAUUGCAACAUGCUAUAAAUGUGAUCAAGGAGACUGCAUAUGCGCUGCAAAGUAGAGACAUUAUUGCCUUCAAGAUUACAAAUACCACGGACUUUGUAAAAUUUGAGGAUACCUGCAAUAUUGAUGGAACUUCAAACCUGGGGAAUGCAACUGACACCAACAAGCUAUUGCUCAGGGAGUAUUUAUCAACUUUAGACGUGGCACCUGGUAACGUUUCACCAUUUACCAUACAUCAAGAGUUGAAGAAGUUGUUGACUGAGAAGAAAUUGCCGAAACACAAACUUUUUGUUUUUUUGACUGAUACAAAAGUAUUAAAAAAUGAGACUUGGCUCAAAAUGUUUCCCUACUCUGAAAGUGAUGCAAACAUGAAGUUCGCAAUAGGUCUCAUUUAUGAGAACCAGGUGGACAGGAAUAGCUCUCUUGGAAUAUUGCAUAUUGAUAAGUGGCACAAUCACUCAAGCAACCACUCGGUCAUGAGACUCCAUAUAAAUGACAGUGGUGUUGUGGGUCAAGUGGCUUCUGCCUUUAUUUCUUUACUUCCUGGAAAUUUUCAGAACAAACAAAUAAAAAUUGAAGACCCUAUUUGGGAGGCAACAGAAAGAGAUUUCAUGGUAUCAUUAGUGCUUCCAAUGACAAGUGGUGUGCUUGGGUUAGACCUUUAUUGGUCUGAUCUAGCUGAAGAUAUUGUUUAUUUUAAAGGAAUAAACCAUAGAAAACGAGCCUUCGUGAUGGAUUUUGCUGGUAAAGUACUUAUGCACACAUUUUAUCCCAGGCCAGAAUCAUCCUCUGAGAAAAUCAAGUUUACAUAUCUAGAGAGUAUAGAAACAUACGAUUUUAUAAGUAGUCUUAAGGAAGCAAUGCUAACAAAUAGUUCUGGCAAAUUGACCAUGAAAGAACAAAAUGCUUCAACUUCCAUAGUUUAUUCUUGGAAAUGGGUUGAAAAACUUUACAUUGUAUGUAUUGUAAAUGAAAUAACUGAACAUAACUUGUUCAAUAAAACUAACAUAUUUUUUACCAGGAGUUCUAAAGAGAUCUUGUUUCACAGACUGGAUUUGUUCCCACCUAAAGCUGGUAAAAUAUGUCGUCAUUUCAAACAGAUAGCUACAAUUGACCAGGGUACUGUAUAUUUGAGUCCAUCUAGUUUUCAGUCCCCAUUCACAUACCUUUAUGACAUGGGUGAUGGCCAGGAUGCUGUUCAAUACAUGCAGAAUUAUCUGGCUUAUAUUAAAAAUCUUGCUAAUGGUCUGCUCUCUAACCCUGGUUUAAAAAAUGAAAUCCAGCAGGACGUAAAUUUUCUCAACUCAAUUUUAUCUUUUUACAAAAGGCAGCACUUACGUGGCAUCUAUUCCAAGUAUAUUGUGAGAAGAUAUGCAGCUACUGAGAGUGGGGUUCUUGUGAUGUUCCCAGGGACUGUCUUAGAGUAUGACUAUGAACCUGUGAGAAGGCCAUGGUAUACUUACGCUCUUGAAUAUCCAGGUAAGAUCAUUUUGACUCCACCCAACCUGGAUGUUGGGGGAGCUGGAUAUGUGGUUAGCAUUUCUUAUGCUGUCAAAGGACCUUUUUACCCCACUAUGGUAGUCUCAAUGGAUGUUACAAUGGGAUUCCUCUACAAAGUCCUUAUUGACAGUCUUCCAAUUUGUGCAAUGUCUUAUUUUAAGUGUUUUAUAAUGAAUAAUCGAGGCUAUUUAGUUUCCCACCCUGGGCUGAUGGAUCCCAACAGUUCAGGUCCUAUAGAACAACAACAUAUCACUCAUAAAGAAUCUAUGAUUGCUAACGACAUGCUGAACCAUAAGGGAUUUGUAACAAAGAGGCUAUGCAAUAACUUUUAUGAUGUAACUAUUCAAAGAUUCUAUGAAUUUAAUAUGUCGCUGCCAGGUGUCCUUUCUAAUGUGGUUUCUGGAGAUCAUUGUGUCCACUAUUACAUUGCUGCAAUACCUGGGACUAACGCCUUUAUUGCUCUUGUGAAUGUAUCAUGCAGUGUUGGUGCUUUUUGCCCCUGCAGCAUGGUUGACCGUGUUUGUUUUAAUUGCAAUCGUAUGGAGCAAACUGAUUGUGAAUGUCCAUGUGAAUGCAGUUCUGAACUGUAUGAAUGUCCAAAUUCAAACUCUUCUCGGAUAACUCGCGAUAUUCCAUUGUGUGGUAUGAUGCCUGAAAAUAAUAAUCACAAGUCCCAUUACUUCCAUAAUUUUGCUGAAAAUUUGAAGUCUUGUUUUGAUUUCCAAUGCGAGUCUUAUCUGACACAUUCGUCUUGUUUAGGAGUUUUAGGUUGCGAAUGGUGUCAAUUGGACACUGAUGGUCAUACGCCACUCUCUUCGCCGUUUUGUACGUCACAAUCAACGUGUUUUAACGGAGUUUUGGGCGCUGUGACGCCCUAUGGGGAAGGAACCUUUGGGCAUGUUAAUAGAGAUGCAUUAGGUAGUUAUUCGGCAAUAGGCCCGAUAGCAGGGUGUAUCGUUACUGUUAGUUUAAUUAUAGCUGUUGCUAUAUACUGUUAUAGACAAAAUGUAACUUCAGCUAGCUGCCACAACUUGUAUGUUGAUGGUCCAGCUGAGACAUGGCACGAUGCUGAUGUCCAAAUGAGUCAUUUGCAGUCUGAUGACAUGCAUGAUCAGUCAGGGCAGGAUAAGUUACUGCCAGCCAUGGAGAUAGAAGCCCCUAUCUCACCAUACAGAGUUGUGACAGGGUAUCGACGACCCCACACUGCUGGAGGGUCGGAUCAUGGUUAUUCCACCAUGACUCCUCAUGAGGACUCUGAGGCCACAGGAUUCUCAGUGAAUGACCCCACCAUAUUGUCAGAUGAUACAAAGUCUGAUGUAAGCUGUCCCUUACCAGCAAAGAUUAAACCUAGAUUAAAAGCUACUGAUUUAAGUGUAACUGUUUUGCCCUGUGGCAAAAAUAGUAUAAUAGCUCCUGUAACUGUUCAUAGGCAUAUGGAAGCAUCAUAAUAAUACUAAAUAAUCUACCUCCUGUGUACAUAAUUACUGAUAAGCAACAAAUGACUUUAAACAGCAAUUGUUAACUCUAUGUAUUAAUGUGAUAAUUUCUUGUGUAUUAAUAUUAUUAACUAAAUGGUUCAGUUCAGUAACUUAAUUUUAGUACUUAUGUGUAUUGUUCUAUUUGUACUUAUUACUCUGGUGCUUCUUUUUGUGACCAAUUGUUGUGUUUAAUAUUGUCUGUUAUUACAAAAUGCAUUUUGUGUUGGGCCAAAGUGGGCCUCUACUUCUACAUGGUAUCAAUGUUCCAUAAAUCAUACUAAAAUAUAUGUUAGAAAUAAUAAUAGGUAAUCUUAUUUUAUGUUAAAUAUUGUGCUACUAAUUGUUUUCUGUACUAUUUUGACUACUUUCUGUCUUCCCAGUCUACAUCACAAUAAAAAUUAUAAUAUCAAAAUUUAAUUAUCAUAAAAAGUAAUAAUAUUUACUUUGGAAUGGCAAUAUUAUUUGAUAAAAAAAAACAAUGUUUUAGUAUUCGAUAUUUCUAUUUUUGUUACAUUAUAACAAAACUAUAAUUGUGACAACUAUUAAAUUAAAUGGAGGUUGUUUUAUACAGGUUUACUGCAAUAGGCAGCUAUAAUUUUUUACUUAUUCAUAAGUUUAGUAAAUAAGACUAAAUACAUACGUAAUUUUUGGAUAAGCAUAAUGUGCCAGUGCCUGUUGUAUUAUAAAUAUUGUAAAACUAUUUUUAAGACUGAAUUUGAUGUUGCAUUUAUUUGAUGUAAUAAAAUUUCUUUUGUAAAGAA